AUGAUAUGGCACAUAUUAUCAUAUGGUAAAUUUGAUGAAUCAUGAUGAUAAAUAUUUAAUGACAAUUUCAUGAUGGCACAUUUAAUCAAUUUACUUGUGAGGAUGAUUACAUUAUACCUAUGUAAUCAAUAUACUUUUUCUUGAUGAUGAUUACAUGACACCUAUGUAAUCAAUGUAAUUGUACUUGAUGAUGACAACAUGAUGCAUGAUCCUGUAACUUGCAAGGACACCCUUGCGCUAUGAGAUUCGCCCAUUUGGUACGACGAACUCACGCGGCCUUAGUCUCACGAAUGAGGUGAGACUAGAAAAUAGGGGUGGUACCCGGAGACUUGAAUACAAUGUACGUACACUAAGCCCGAACUUGUGAUGUCGGACUACUAAGUCCCGCACAAUAACGCUAUAAGAGACGCAAUUACGCAUGAUCUCUUACACAUGCACAUGAUGUGAUAUGCUUCAAUAUAAAUGUUGAAAUGAAUGACAUGAUGUGAACAAUUUGCAAACAAUAUGAAUAUAUAAUCAUGCUUUAGUUUAAUUGUAUGAAACAUGAUUAAAAUAUCAUUUAAUAAAACUACUGGGCUCGGAGCGGUCGACCGUUUGGUGCGACGGUCGACCUUGAUCUUCAUCAGGUCGGAUUGGCGAUUCACCGUGAAGAUCGAUCGUGGUUGAUCGGCGGUCAACCGUUGUUGACUGGCUGCGAAUGGCGGACUUCGGUUUGACGGGCGGCGGUCGACCGUCAGCCACCAGCGGUCGACUGUUUGGCUGACAGUCUUGGUUCAUUUCAAAGUUUAAUACGACGGUCGACCGUUUGGGUCUGCAAAUCUAUCUCUUGAUAUUUUGAGUGUCCAAAAAUACUUCUUUAAGUCUUUUAAACACCUUUGAUUAAUAUAUACAUAUUUUUGGGUUGAUUUCAAAUGUUUAUAUAUACUUCUGUAUAUAUAUAUAUAUAUAUAUAUAUAUAUAUAUUAACUUUAUGAUUUUGGUGUAUUAUGGUCUUAACACAAAGAUGACUUAUAUAUGCGUCACAUAUAUAUUUUGGAAUGAUUUCAACAAAUGGAUUAACAUAUAUGUUCAUGUACGCAUGUGAUGAAUGAUUCGACAAGUCUAACGCAAAGGUACAGACCUGGAAAUCAUCGGCCGAAACCUUAUGGAUGAGCGGGAGUGGAAACAACAUCGAAAUUUGCCAACUUUGUCAUUUUCGUAACAACUGGACAGCAUGCGGUAUUUUGGGCAUAUCUCCAUCGUUUCUUCACGGAAUUGCAAACCGUUUGAUUUUGUAGAUUUCUAAGAUGUAAGGCUAUAACUUUCGUAUAGAAAGUAUUUCGUUUUAACAGAUGUAAGAUAGCAUAAAUUGGACCUGAAGUCAAGGGAUAGUUGCUGUCCAGGAUUUUGGAUAUGUCGAUGAACAAUGAUUCCGACGAUUAACUCCUUAAUUUCAAUAUUCCAACGCCGAACCUUCUCUAUGAUACCUUCCGGAUGUUCCUAAUAAUCGUUAGAGAGUUUAUGGCAAGUAUUUGGAAUGAAACAACAUGAAUAUGGUGAGGAAACAUAGCCAAUCCCGAGGAGCUCGCCACCACUGGCGCAGUCCCGAUUUGAAUGUAUUUCAGGAUAAUGGGCCUAACUAUUCCCGAGUCUCAAUAUGUCAUGUCGUCAGCAGACUGCAGUAUUGGCGACAAUCCAAGGUUCAUGGCUACAACGGUUGAUCUAGGACGUGAAUUGGUAAGGCGAAAAAUCAGGCUUACCUAUGGAGGAGGCAAUGUUGGCCUUCAAGGAGCUGUAGCUUCAAAAAUCUAUAAUAAUGGUGGUAGAGUCAGAGGUUUCAUACCAGGGUAUAUAGCAACACGAGGGGUCUAUGGACCAACAUAUGGUGCGGAGUACACCGUCUCCAGCAAUUACUAUAAGUAUUUCGAGAUGAAUCAUAUUGUGGAAGCCUUCAUUGUACUUCCUGGAGGAAUUGACACUAUGGAGGGUUUAUUCACUUUGAUCUCAUGGGCUUCCGAAGGGUUACACAAUAAACCUAUUGGUCUUUUGAACAUCCACGGUUAUUUCAAUAACCUAAUCAAGUUUCUAGAUGAUGCGGUGAGGCAGAACUUCAUGGCUUUGAAUCAGAGGAAACUUUUUAUUUCUUCUUUCUUGGUUGAUGAGCUUUUAGACAAACUAGAAAUUGCUAAUGCUUUCCCAGGUGCUAGUUAUGAUGAGUUUGCAAAUCCUGGAAGAUUAGACUUAAAGUUGCAUCUGUAAUAUUUCCAAGUUGAAAUAAUAUUGUCCAUGUACAUUAUGUAUUAGUCAUAAAUAUUGUUCUAAGCUGCAUGACCAGUGCAUUUCAGAAGAAUAUUUAUUUCUAACAUCAAAAUGUACCAUGUAAAUAUUAAUCCUUUUCUUUAUCUACCAGUCUCUCAUUGUUGGUGUGACUGUUUCACAUCUUGUUUUGUACUUUCAUCUUGUUGCAUCUUUUCGCGCCAAUAGGGUAUACGA